AAUUAAUAUAAAAUCAUGGGGAAUAUGUGUGAGGCAAGUAAUUCACCAACCAGGAUAAGCUCAUUGGAUAAAUUUGAAGUUGGUCCUGUGUUUGAUGAAUCUCCCACCAUUUAGAGUGCCUCACCUAAAAGGAGGAAAGUAAAUCGAGAUGAUUUUCUAAAUUUAGGAUUAAUUGGCAAAGUUUAAAUUAUUAAUAUACAUAGGGAGCAUUUGGGUCAGUCUACAAGAUAAUGAAAAAGGACAACGGAUAGAUAUAUGCCAUGAAGGAAUUAAAAAAAUAAACUUUAUCAGAUCAUAAUUUAGAAACAGUUAAUUUUUUGGAAAGAUUUGUAUUGAAAAGCAGUGAAUGUCCAUUUAUUGUCAAAUUGAGAUAUGCCUUUUAGACAUCCUCAAGAUGUUACUUCGUGAUGGAGUAAAUUAAUUUUAAUUAUAAAUUAGCUAUGUGUCAGGAGGUGAUUUACAUAGAGUUUUAAAAAAGAAUGGUGCAUUACCAGAAAAAGUAGUGAAAUUUCUUGUUGCCGAGAUCAUCUUGGCACUGGAAUAUCUCCACACUCAACUCAAAAUUAUAUACAGAGACCUGAAACCUGAAAAUAUUUUACUCACAGAAACUGGACACAUAAAGUUAACUGAUUUUGGAUUAGCCACCUACAUCAAGGAUGAACACACAUACACAGUAUAUAAAUUAAUAUCAAUAUUUAGAUUGCGGGAACUCCUGAGUAUUUGGCACCUGAAAUUAUUGCUCGAUCUGGCCAUACCUAUGAAGUUGACUUUUGGACUUUAGGAAUACUUAUCUAUGAGAUGCUUACAGGCAAUGCUCCCUUUACUUGUGAAGAUCGAAAUGUAUGCACCAUACAAAAUGUAUAUUCUUCUCUUUUAUUCUACAAGCUCAUUAUGUAAAACAAACCCAUCUAUUCUCCAAAAAUCUCAAGCAAUGCUCGCAGCCUAAUUUCUAGUCUUUUGAGAUUCAAUCCUAAAGAGAGAUUAGGAGCUAAAUCAUUUGAUGAUCUCAAACGCCACAAUUUCUUUUAGAACAUCGAUUUUCUUGCGCUCUCUCAAGGUCAAUUACAAUCUCCUCUUGAGAAUGUAGCUUAAAAGAAUAAAGUAGAAUAGGAAGAGUCUUUGAAUCCCAUUAAAAACGAGGAUCGAUUUUAAAACAGUCCUCUUAAUUGCUUACCUAUAGAUGACUUUAGUUAUGAUCCUCACCUUGAAAAUGAAACUAAUGCCCUGAACGAAUGAAAUAUUUGUGCAUUUCCAAUUAAGAAUUCUUAAUAUCUCUUAUUGUUAUUUUGUUGUUGACUAUCAACAAUAAAGUGUAUUAAAAUUAUGUUUAGAAAGUUCAAGAAGCAUAUUGCAUCCC